AUGGCUCUUGCGAAUCGAGGACGAAAUCAAAAGCUGCCGCCGGAAGUGAACAGAAUUUUGUACGUCAAAAAUUUGCCUUAUAAAAUUACAAGUGAAGAAAUGUACGAUAUUUUUGGGAAAUUUGGUGCCGUUCGACAAAUAAGAAUUGGAAAUGCAGCAGACACUCGAGGAACGGCAUUUGUGGUCUAUGAAGAUAUUUUUGAUGCCAAGAAUGCAUGUGAGCACUUGUCCGGUUUUAAUGUAUCCAAUCGAUAUCUUGUCGUUCUUUACUAUCAGGCUACAAAAGCAUACAAAAGAAUGGACACGGAUAAAGCAAAAGAAAGGCUUGAAGAAAUCAAAGAGCGCUACAAUCUCGGUGGUGAUCUGGAAAAAGAGAAAAAGGAUAAGCUCGGCUAUACGCCGACACCUCGAAGAUAA